UUUUACUGAGCCGCCUGUUUCGGGUGCCGCCAUGUUGGUGAGGAGAAAUCACCGUUACGGCCACUGUCCAAAUCCCCGCGUCGCUGCACGCCGCCCGCCCGCUCCCAAGCCUCAGCCACCGGCGGCGAAUAGAGACUAAAGCGGCAGCGCCGGCAACGCGGGGCCGUUGCCCAGUGUUUGCAGUUAGAGCCCCAUCUCUCUGGCGUGGUUGUUAAUAGACUGGAAAGUCUGUGUCUGUGUCGCUCACUAGUAACCGUGAGUUUUUACCACUUCGUCACCUCUCGGCGGCGGCCGGGAGCAGGUGCCCGCAGGCGGCGCAGGGGUCCUCCCCGCGCCCCGCCGCCACCGCCGCCGCCGGCCUGGCAGAUCUGCCCUCCAGCCCCGCCCCGUUCUUGACCAAACAUGACAGACUCUGAACAUGCAGGGCACGACAGAGAAGAUGGCGAAUUAGAAGAUGGUGAAAUAGAUGAUGCAGGAUUUGAAGAGACGCAAGAACAGGAAGCAAAAGAAGAUGAAAAACAGAAAAAUGAAAAAGGCUACAAAAAAUCAAGAAAAAAACACAAGAAAGAAAAAGAGAAAAAAAAGUCCAAACGAAGAAAACGUGAGAAAUACAAGCAUAAUUCUCCGUCUAGUGAUGAUAGUUCAGACUACAGCCUUGCUUCAGAUGUUGAACACACAGAGAGUUCCCGUAAGAAAGGAACUAGUUUCUACAGGGAUUAUAACAUUCCAUUUCUUCAGCAUGGUCAUAUAUCAGGAAGCUACAUGACAUCCCAGAAAGAGCCACAUAACAAAAAAUUUAAAACUAAAGACUAUGAUGAAUACAGUCCGUACAGUGAUGACAACUUUGGUAACUAUAGUGAUGACAACUUCGGUAACUAUAAUCAGGAAACAGAAGAAGAUUUUGUCAAGCAGCUGAAACAAUACAGACAAGCAAAAGAAGUCUCAAAUACUGCUUUAGGAUCAUCAUUUUCUAAGGAACCAGGGAAAAAACAGAGAAUGAAAGGAUUCCAGCAAGGUAUUGAACAAAGGAUUAAAAGUUAUAAUGUUGGUCGUGGACGUGGUUUGCAGAAGAAAAUCAAACGCAAAGAUCGUGGGGGAAGAUCCAGUAAAGGCCCUAAUGUUUUUUCAGGAAUGGAUGAUUUUCAAGAGAAUAGUAAACCAGGGAAAAAAUGGAAGGUUAUGACUCAGGAAUUUAUUAAUCAGCAUACAGUGGAACACAAAGGAAAACAAAUUUGUAAAUAUUUUCUGGAAGGAAGAUGUAUUAAGGGAGACCAAUGUAAAUUUGAUCAUGAUGCAGAGUUGGAGAAGAGAAAAGAGAUCUGCAAAUUUUAUUUGCAAGGAUAUUGUACCAAAGGAGAGAACUGCAUUUAUAUGCAUAAUGAAUUUCCAUGCAAAUUCUAUCAUACUGGAGCAAAAUGUUACCAAGGAGACAACUGUAAGUUUUCUCAUGAUGACCUGACUAAAGAAACAAAGAAACUUUUGGACAAAGUGUUGAAUACUGAUGAAGAACCCACAAAUGAAGAUGAAAGAGAAUUAGAAGAACUUAGAAAACGUGGCAUAGCUCCUCUUCCCAAACCACCUCCAGGAGUUGGGCUUCUGCCAACCCCACCAGAGCAUUUUUCCUUUUCUGAACCUGAAGAUGAUUUUUCGACAGAUCUCCCUGAUGAUUUCAAGAAAAUCCCAUCUCUUUUUGAAAUAGUUGUAAAGCCUACUGUGGAUUUAGCACACAAGAUUGGGAAGAAUCCACCAGCAUUUUAUAACAGUGCCUCACCACCAGGACCACAAUUUCAGGAAAGCAGCCCACACCCUCAACCUGCCUACAGCUCUGGAUCUAGUCCAGGUCCUGUACCUACUAUGUCUCAGGGACACGACAGUCCUGUGAUACACCCAGGAUCCCCUGGACAUCACCCAUGUGCAGUACCUCCUGGUUUACCAAUGCCACAAAGUCCACCUUUGGCUACUGGUCCACCUGGAGUUGUAGGCCCACACAGUCAAGCUGGAGUACUUGUUCAACCAGGACCACCUUUGACACCACCUAGUAUAAGUGCUUACCACUCCCCGGGCUUUCAAGGACAUAUGAUGACUGUACCUCGAGAGAACCACUCGUCUCCAGGUUCAUCUCACCAGCAGAGUCCUGGGGAAAUGCAACUCAGCACCAGUUAUGAGUCCCUACAAAACCCAGCAGAAUUUUAUGAUCAUUACUACUCACAUCAUGCUGUCCAUCAUUUUCAGCUUCCCAAUAACUCUGAUGAUGAGAUGUGGCAUGGUGAAUUUGCCCAGCAUCAGCCUCCCAUGGUUCAAGACUCCCAUAACCAUGGCAGUGGGUCUGACGGAAGUAGCAUAACAGUCCACAACCCCUUGACUGUACCAGGUCUCCUCCCUGCAGUGCAGAGGGCACUUUUUGUGAGACUUACUCAGAAAUACCAAGAAGAUGAAGACCCAAACAGCACCGAGUCUCACAGGGCACCAAGCAAGGAAGAAGAUGAUACUGUUAACUGGUAUUCCAGCAGUGAAGAGGAAGAAGGAAGCAGUGUCAAGUCAAUACUGAAAACAUUACAGAAACAAACAGAAACUUUAAGGAAUCAGCAACAACUUCCCACAGAACUCAGCACUCCUACUGAUCCAAGACUUGCUAAAGAGAAAAGUAAAGUACACCAAGUGGUUGACCCUAGACUUAGGACUAUCCCAAGGCAAGGCAUUAGAAACCCUUCUGAGUCUGCCCCACUGGAUCUUAGACUUGCGUGGGAUCCCAGGAAACUAAGAGGGAAUGGAAGUGGUCACGUAGGCUCUUCUGUUGGUGGAGCUAAGUGUGAUUUACGUCACGCAAAUGCUGGCACUAAUGUCAAACACAAAAGAGGAGAUGAUGAUGAAAAUGCAGAAAGAGAACUGAGAGAAAAAGCUGUCUUAAUACCUCUGGAUUCUUCACCUGGUAUAAUACUCCAGGAUCCAAGGUCACAAUUGAGGCAGUUCAGUCACAUUAAAAUGGAUAUUGUACUAACCAAACCAAACUUUGCAAAACACAUCGUGUGGGCUCCAGAAGACUUACUUCCAGUACCUUUGCCUAAACCUGAUCCAGUAUCUUCAAUUAAUUUACCUCUACCCCCUCUUAUAGCUGACCAGAGGCUCAAUCGGUUGUGGGAUACAAAAAGUGAUCUUCAUCAGAACACAGUGCUCAUUGAUCUGAAAUUAGCAGCCAAAGCCAAAAACAAUACAACAAACAGAGAGGUCUACUUAGAACAAUUUGGAGACUUGCAUAGUUCAGGAAGUAAAUUAGGAGAUCCCAGGCUGCAAAAAAAUUUUGAUCCUAGACUUCACAGGUUGCCCCACACAGAGUCUCAUCAGAUGGUUACAAAGGAUUCACAUACAUCUAAAGGUACCCCUCGUUUAGCAAGAUCAAACCCUGGUUCAUCACAGCCCUCAGGGCCAGUCACUAGCAGUCCUGGGCCUGGAGUUUUGCCUCCAUAUGCCCCUAAACUAUCAUCUUCAGCAGGCCUUCCACUGGGAACUUCAAGUUCAGUUCUUAGUGGUAUUAGUUUGUAUGAUCCCAGGGAGCAUGGUUCAUCAUCUACAUCCGAGACAGCAACAGUUUCUUUGGGGGAAAAUGCAGAAAACCAGAAAAAAAGUGGUUUAAAAAGUAGUGGCAAAAAUGAGCCGUCUCCUGCCGAAGCAAUUCUGCCACAAAAAACCACUCCACAUAUGGAAGUCACUGUCAAUGGGCCAGCUGACCCCCAGGCAGAGCUCAGGAGUUCUGGUAAGGUCCAGGCCCCAGCAGUGCACAGUCUUCCUAUCCCAGCAUUAACAGGCUUAAUUAGACCUCAGUACAGUGAUCCAAGGCAGGCUAGGCAGCCAGGACAGGUGAGCCCAACCCCAGAGAAUGAUCCCAAUAAAGAAGUGGAUGAUAAGUCUCUAAAAGAGGUUUUCAAAACGUUUGAUCCAACUGCUUCACCAUUUUGUUAGCUAUUGUGUUACUAAGCAGUUCUUUUCACUCUUCUGACUAUUGUAGUUCUCUACUGUUUUGUAACUGGUUUACCUCUAUAGUUUAUUUAUUUUUAAAUUAUAAACACUUUUCAGCUGCUAGUAUUAGAACCACAUGAAGUUAUAUCUUCUAAAGCCUGUGGUAUUUUAUAUAAUAUUUUUAUAACUUUAAGAGACUGUAGUAAUUGACAUAGAAUCCUAUAUAUCAUGUUAGCUUCAGUAAAAAGUAUGUUUAUUGUAAAUAAAUCAUCAUGAACUCAACACUCUGCCUGAAUAUAUGCCAGUUGUCUUUCUUAAUCAAUGUUUAGAUUAACAAUGACCACUUUUAUAUGGUUGUUUAGUUUCAAGCAAUAUGAUGUACAUUACUUUUGAGACAGUAUUUUGGCUAGGAUCCUCUCUAUUUGUCAACACAGAACUGACAAUUAAUACAUAAUGCUAACUGCUAACUAAAAUAUAAAAUGAAAUAAACAUUUUGAAAUCAUCAUAAGCAGAAAAGUUCUUGUGAAGGGCAUCAGUUUGUUAGUAUUGGCAAUAUUAUUUGUGUAAAUGAAGCAUUUGAAUGUUAUAUCUUUUUAAAGUAUUUUAUUGUAUACUGUAUAAUAGAAGUUUAAAGUAUAUAAAUAGAAUGUUUUGCUAAAGUGAAAAAUCCCUAAGUUCUCUAAUUUUUUAAUUUAAUUUUUCAUAUUAAAUAGUUAUGAGUUUCUGCUGUGUUAUGUGGUGAUGUUUAUGUAUUUCAAUGUAUUUUUGUCUCUAGCAACAUAAUUUAUAUUACUUUUUCAAAUAAUGUAGCUGCAAUAAUUGUAUUGAUCAUGACUUUGGCAAAUUUUAACAAAAAUUUAAAAGAUCCAGUGAGAGUCUGUAGUGAUUAUUACAUGGUUAAUGUUUUAAAUUGCCCAGGUACCAGAUUUUUACUUCAGUAGCAAGAAAACCAAGAGUCUGCUGGUAUAGUCGAUUGUAUAUGGCUGCCAAUAAAGAAUCUCCUUCAGAACUUGCCCGGCUGGCAUUUUAUAACAGAGGGGAGUACCUUGUGUUUUUAAGUAUUUAAUGUCCUCAGAGUUUAUUAUUUUCCUAACUAGAUUGGAAACUGUAUUUUUAUGAAAAAUGACUUGUAUUCAUUGUUGUGUAUUUGUUGCAAUAUAUAAAUAAUGGCAGCCCUCUUUGUUUUAUACAUAUUUAUAACUUAAACCAAAUAUUAUACCAAUAUUUAUAUCCUGAACUGGAGGUAUACAUAUGACAGUUAUUGCUGGUAACAGCUCUAAUAAGUAACUCAAACAGAGCAUAACAUUAUCAUUAUAAAAGAUAAUGAAAGUAGGAAAGUUAGGAUAUUAAAAUUUAGCCCAAUCAAUUCUUAAAUGCAAGCAACUACUUUUGAAAAGAGAUUUAAAAAAAUAUAUAGCAAAAUGCUUCUGUGAGAACCUAACACACAUAUAGUUUAAUAAUAAUGCAUGUCUUCCCUAUUCUUCACUUACUAUUUUGUAACUUUUGAUUUUUGCUGUGAUUCUGUGAUAAAAUGGGGUUGUAGUUAAGUGAGCAAAAACUCUGCCUACUAAAGAGACUUUCUUUGUUAAGUGGAAGGACAGUUAUUCAAGGGCAUAUGGAUUCUACUGCUUAUACUUUGGUUGUAUUGCUGCCUAAAAUGGCACUGGAUAGCAUUUUGGGAUUUAAAAAUGUAGUUUAUAAUCCGACAAAGAAAAUGUUUUCUAGUUUACUGUCUGAACAAACUUAUCAUUUAUCUAAAAGUUAAUAGAAUAGAUAAAACUGGCAAAAAAGAGAACCAUAAGUGAUGCUUUGUAUUUCAGAGUAUAAUUUACUCUUUUUACCAGGGUAAAAUCGGCUUAGUUUUAUUAAUUAGAAAAUUUAAACAUGUAUUUAACUCAUUUCUGUACUUCAUAACUACUUGUGUUAUGUAAUACAGUCCACAUUUUGAAAUCAUACAAAGAAGAUCAUUU